GAUCCAAGCAGAGAGGAUUCCCAUGGGGCUGGCACAGUGCCUGGCAGCUGCCUUCCUCUUCCUCCUCCUCUUCCUGGGUCUGACCAGUGCCCAGCGGCUGGUGACAGUGCAGGAGGGCCCCCUGUACCGCACGGAGGGCUCCCACGUCACCCUGUGGUGCAAGGUGAGCGGCUACCAGGGCCCGGCGGAGCAGAACUUCCAGUGGUCCAUCUACCUGCCCUCGGCCCCCGAGCGGGAGGUGCAGAUCGUCAGCACCGUGGACCCCUCGUUCCCCUACGCCAUCUACACGCAGCGCGUGCGCGGCCGCGGCAUCUUCGUGGAGCGGCUGCAGGGGGACGCCGUGCUGCUGCACAUCACCGAGCUGCAGGAGCGCGACGCCGGCCAGUACGAGUGCCACACGCCCAACACCGACGAGAGGUACUUGGGCAGCUACAGCGCCAAGACCAACCUCACAGUGAUUCCAGACACACUCUCGGCUUCCAUGGCACCCCAGGCCCUCAGUCACAUGGAAGGGGAUGUGGUGGAGCUGACCUGUGAGGUGUCCAAGGCCACUGCCCAGCACACCCAUCUCUCAGUUGGCUGGUACCUUCUUCAGGGAGCAGGAGAGCAGCCUGCCAAGGAGAUCCUCACCCUCUCCAAGGACUUCAUCCUGAAGCCAGGGCCCUCUUAUGAGCAGAGGUUUCUGGAGGGGAAUGUGCAGCUGAACAAGGUUGGGAACACCACGUACAAGCUCAUCAUCAGGGGAGUGAAGCCAUCUGACCAGGGGCAGCUGUACUGUGAGGCAGCCGAGUGGAUUGAGGAUCCUGACAAGACAUGGAAGGACAUCUCCCGCAACCAAACUCAGAGGACUUGGCUGGCAGUUUUGAGCCGGGGCACAGACCUCUCCGUGGACCUCACUGCCGCUGAACCCUCCCUUUCUGAAGGGGACAGCUUGCAGCUCAGUUGUGUGGUGGAAGCCCCAAAGAGCAGCAACUUCAAAGUGGUCUGGCUCCUCAACAACAAGGAAGUGGCCAGGGUUGACCCCCAUGGGGUGUUGACCUGGGAGGAAGAAUACCAGGAGAGAGCCAGGCUGGGGCAGCUCCGAGCAUUCAAGCCAAGCAACACAGUUUAUGUCCUCACCAUCUCUGAGGUGGGGCUGGAGGACAAGGGUACCUACCAGUGCUCUGUGUCAGAAAUGAAGACUCCUGGGGACUUGCAGAGCAUCCAGACUGUUGUGUCAUCAGGCAUCCAAGUCGACGUGAAGCCAGUAGAGAUCCACCUGCGCCUGUCUGUGUCCACCAGCACCCCACGGGUGACAGCAGGAGACGCCCUGGUCCUGCACUGUGAGGUGCAGGGAGCCACCGGCCCCGUGUCCCUGCGCUGGUGGCACCUGCCACCGCAGCAGCCGGGGCACAGGGAGCUGGUGGCCGCCAUGGAGCAGGAUGGUGCCCUGAACCUGGGCAGCGCCUACCGGCAUGGAGGGGCUCGGGGGAGCCUCAGGCUGCAGAAAGAGAGCUCUGGCACCUUCACCCUGGUGAUCCCCAGCACGCUGGAUGAGGAUGAUGGCGGGCAGUACCGGUGUGAAGCCACGCAGUGGUCCCGAGGCCGGAACUGGACAGGCAAGGGGGAGGCAGCGGUGAUGGUCAGCUCCAUAGGUCUGGGUCUGCAGGCCACACUGAGAAGCCGAAUUGCUACGGUCAGUUACGGGCAGAGUUUUGAGCUCUUCUGCCAGGUGGGUGCCAGCUACGCCCUGGAGGAGGUGCCGGUGUCUGUGCGGUGGCGUUUCCAGCCCAACCCGCCCACGAGUCCCUUACAGGAGCUGGUCCAGGUCCUUCCCAAUGGCACCGUGCUCUGGGGGGCAGCACAGCCACGCUUCCAGGGGAAAGCCCAGCUGGCGAAGACUGACACCUCCUUCAGGCUGCACAUCCACAGCGCCUUGCCUGCCAACGAGGGGACGUACCAGUGCGAGGUGGAGGUCUGGAGGAGGAACGUCCUGCCCCUGGGGCGGCCGGCAGCCAGCACCAGCUCCAAUGCCGUGGGAAUAAAAGUGGUGCUGCCAGGGAGCAAGCUUCAGGUUGAUACGAAAGACAGCUCUGUGGAGAUUGCCAGCGGUAACGCAGCCAUUCAGUGCAGGAUUGUGUUUGCCCAGGAAAAUUCACAGUUUGCUGUUACCUGGUACCUCCUGCCUCCUCUGGCAGACACAAAACCCCUGCAAAUCCUCAGGGCCAACUACACCAGCGUACUGGAGUACGGGUCUGAAUUCAGCUCUCCUGCACUAAAGUCACGAUUCCUGAGCCAGAGGGUGUCCAGCAGCCUAUUCCAGCUGCAGAUUCUCUCUGCAAACGUGGGGGACGAGGGCAGCUACUACUGUAUGGUGGAGGAAUGGCUCUGGCUGGUGGAUGGCUGGUACAAGCUCGGAGAGAGAACAUCGGGAAGGACCACGCUGAAGUUCAAACUCUCAGAGCUCAAGCUGCAGAUGGAGAAAACCAACGGCAGCAUCUCCGCGCGGGAGGGCGAGGAGGCCACGCUGCCCUGCCGGCUGCAGAGCGCCCUCCCGCCCCGCUCACAGCUCUCAGCCACCUGGUUCCAGGUGAAGGGCAGCGGCCGUGACAGUGCCCUGCUGUCCCUGCAGCGCGAUGGCACCGUGCAGUACCCCGAGGGGCGCCUGGCAGCGAGGCUGUUCCUGCGCCGCGCCUCCGCCCGCGACUUCAGCCUGACGCUGAGCGGCGUGGAGAGGGGAGAUGCUGGGGCAUAUUACUGCCAGCUGCAGGAAUGGCAGCAGCAGGGCGAGGGGAAGGACUGGGCUCUGCAGGCCUUGGCACGCUCAGGGCACACCCAGCUCAUCACCAUCCCGCCAGAAUCAACUGUUUUGUCUAGGAUCUGCUCAUCCCCACCACUGCUGAACUUCAUCUUAUACUUACCACUGGUUCUGAUCCUUCUGCUGGCCCUUGCUGUCUUCUGCUGGUACUGCAAAUUCAGGAAAAGCAAGAAGAGCAACAUCACUGGAUGGAUGAUGGAACUGGAAGGGAAUGAAGAGGCCAAGAAAACUUAGCUGGUCUGUGGAGGCAGGUGUAACUUGGAGGAGCAGAGCUGGACAGCUGGGGAGGACUGAGUACUUGCAGAGGGGCUUUUUAUUGUUUUGUAGUAGCUCUUGCAAUAAAUCCUUGAAAUUG